CCUGAUCACGUCUCUUUAGAUAGAAAACACACACAUAACCUUGUUUUCACAACUGAAUGAGAUGAAGCACCUUCUGUGAAUGUUUCUGAUUGGACGGUGAGUGCCACACACGGGAGCUGGGCUUGUAAAGGCGUUUGGUCAUGCGAUGCGACAGCACAAACCUACUCUGCAUGAGCUGCUGUCCUCUCAGAGAUUCAGGUGCACUUUGUGUUGAUCCGGCUCUCCUCACAGCAGCAUCCCUGUGUUUCCCGACAGGCGUAUGGAGGAGACGGGAUUCUCCAGAGGAUCAAGCGUGUGGUGUAUGAUGCCAGAUCCACUGUAAUGUCAGUGUUCCGCAGCUCUCCGCUGCUCGGCUGCUUUCUCUUCGGUCUGCCGCUAGGCGUCAUCAGCCUCAUGUGCUACGGCAUCUGCAUGGCCGAGUCUGACGACGACACUGAGCUGAUGAAGAGAGAUGGCUUCACGGACGAGGAAGAGGAGGAGGGCGAGGAGGAAGAGCAGCAGCGGCUGACGGCCGGAGCAGAGGGAGAGGAGGAGGAAGACGCAGAGAAGAUCGAGCAAAAGAGUCCGACUGAAAAAAAGGUGGAUUAACGAGAAACGAAGGCCUCCGAAGAGGAAACCAUGGCCUAGAGUCUCCUCACUGGUUUUCAUUGGAUUAUUCGUUUUCUAAUUCAUUAUUUUCAGAAUUGCUCCACCAAAAGUCUUGUUUCUGAAAUCUUCAAGACCAGUCAUGGAGCUCCGCAUGUGACUGUAUUGAGUUACAAAAGCACAUAGACUGUUUUAAAGUGAGCGACAGCUUAUUAAUAAUCAUUUCUGUUAUAAUGUGUCCUUAUGCCAUUCUGGAUGGUCACUUUAAAUCACGUGUCAACUGCAGUUAACUCGAUGCUAAAAGAUCGAUCUCUCAAUGGACAAACGUCCUACUUUUUAAAACAUUUUUGUAUGAGAAAGUGCAGUUAUUGUUGCAUCAGAGACUUGAUCUCCAGAGAUUGUCUUACAUGAGAUUCAUUACAUUAUCAAAACAUAAUGACCGCACACAGAAGCUUUUCUCCUGCUUGCUGCACAGACGUGACCUGACCGAAUGUAGAAGUCUAGUGAAGUUAUUCUAGUAUGGAUUUGGUAAGAGUGUGAAAUGAUGAAUGAAGGCUUGGGCUUUAUCAAAUGCACUGAACACAUUCACACACACAGCAGCUUUAGGUUCCGUUGAUUUUUUUUAUUUUGAACUAGAUAGUGUUGAUCCUGGAGAAACACGGGCGUUCCUUCUGUAGGGUAUGUGUUUUACAGAUAUAAAGGCUUUAUGUGUCAGCUCUUCUCAGCAUCAGUUACCAAAAUGUCCUCAGAAACUGUUAUUGCAUUCAUGAAAAAGGAAAGUGAAGACGCAGGACUUUUAUUUAGAUUCUCAAAACCACAGCGAAUCACUGUAAACGGUUGUAAAAGUCUGUGACAGGAGACGUUUGCUCGUGAUGAACGGUUUUAUUGAGCUUCAGAUCAGUAGAUCUCAGACACACUGUUACUAGACGGCGUUUCCAGUUUGAGCCAAAGCUGUUGUUACGUCAGAACAUCCACGAGUAUUUAAGAGCUCGCGCUGGAUUGUAAUGGAGAAAAGUUGCUAACCUUGCCUUCACAUUCCCCUCCUGAUGCCUGUUGUUACUGUAAUGAUUCUCUUAUUUUAACACACAACUUGUCUUACUGUUUCUGCUUUGUUCAUUAAAUGUUUCUUUGUCUCUCUCUCUCUCUCGUUCUGCAUUCUUCCCUCACAUCAAUAUCAUGCUAAAGUAGACUUUGACUAGAUUUCGUUCAGUUUUUGUAUGUGAUUACUACAUUGUUUAGGUGUUAGUGGGGUAAGAUUGUUUGUCACGUCCACAUAUUUAUGAAGGGCCUAUCAUGAACAGCAAAGUUCUGCCAAAAACGAUGCCGUAAUGAUUACAAUCAAUAAAGAAGUCCAUGUUUGACACA